GGUUAUUUUCUUGACAUUUGGCGACUUGACGUUUUCUUUGAAACUAGUGCUUGAAAGUUCAAACUAAAAAUUAAAGUUUUGACAAGGUUUUAUUAAUUUAUUAUUAACAAUGAUUAUACCAGUUCGUUGCUUUACUUGCGGUAAAGUUGUUGGAAAUAAAUGGGAGUCAUAUUUGGGUUUACUGCAAGCUGACUACACGGAAGGAGAUGCUCUUGAUUCACUGGGCUUGAAAAGGUACUGUUGCCGCAGAAUGCUGUUAGGUCACGUGGAUUUAAUCGAGAAACUUCUCAAUUAUGCACCACUGGAAAAAUAAUUGUUUCCUUUUUCUAUUUACUAAGUUAACAAUUAAUUUUGAAUUUAAUUUAUAGACACAAAUGCAAGGAACGCUUUAAUUCUAUUUUGUAAAUAAUGAAAAAGUCUCUUUCUUCUCUUUUCAAAACAAAAAUCAAAGGAGAAGAAAAUUUUGUAAACACUAAAUGUAAAUGUGAAUAAUUUAAAAAUACACCAGACAAUUUUCU